CUUAUAUUUCUAAACAUGAGAAAUUGUACGUGGCUGAAAACCUGAAACAAACUCAGGGACUAUCCGUAGAGAUCUGGUACUCUUGGCAGAUAUGUUACAUGAUGUAACAUCAGAAAAAUGUAUAAUUUUGAGUAAAGCACGUGUGUCCAGCUUUUCUGAGUAUGUAGUAUUUCUGUUAUGCUAAUGAUCAUCUGCUACGCUGCAAGACAGCAUGCCUUUCACUUUAAUAUUAAUAAUAAUUAGCGAUGAAAAGUUUCUGUGAUUUACUUUUUAUCUCCUGUUACCAAGUAGAAAGAAAAACGUAAAUAGAAUUUCUUAAAACGCUGCAGUCAGGCACAGAGUGCUGAUGACUGGAGUGAGCACAUUUUUUGGCACACACACUGGAAUGCCACUGACUUUCUGUCUCAAAAGCACUUAGCAGAAGAGAGGGUGUGAUGGGAAAAAACCCCUCCUAGCAUAGGCUGAACCUGGUGACAAUCCAAGCAUAACUAACCAGCCCAUAGAGUGUUCUCAGCUCACAUAUCCACACAGAACUGUUAAAUACUAACAAGGAAACUCAGGCAUCACUUUAUUUUUCACUCGUAUGGUGUAGCAGUCAACGAGGCACCACACUCCAUACGGACCCAAUUCUCUGAUUGCUGUAGGCAGAAGGGCACUGUAGAUAAACUCUGUCAUGUUUAAUUAUCUGAACAUAAGAUUGGAUGGUUAAUGUGAAGGCAUAUCUUCAUUAAACGACCUUUAGAAAACUAUAACUAUCUCCCACUGUUAAUAGGUUCUUCUCUCUCCUGCUUAGAAGAUAAUCCACCACCAUGAAGUUAUGUGUCUGCCCCUCACUGCUUCUACUGCUCCUCUUAGUUCUUUGCCCGGCAUUGUCUGCAUGCCCGUCUCGCUGCGAUGUUUCAAGAUGUCCGAGCCCAAUUUGCCCUAGCGGGUAUGUUCCAGAUCGCUGCAACUGCUGUUUGAUCUGCGCUGCAGGAGAAGGUGACUUGUGUGGACGUGACAUAGACCCACCAUGUGGGGACAGUUUGCAGUGUAAACCGCCACCCGGAAAGAGAGGCAUCAAGGGAACAUGCCAGUGUAAGCACAACUACAAAGUGUGCGCCAAUGAUGGGCAGACAUAUGACAACUUGUGCCAAAUGAAGGUGGCGAGUCGCCGGGCACUGCAACAAGGACAUUCCCCCAUAGUACAGGUGCAGAAAGGAGCCUGUGAAUCGGGUAAGAGGGAAUGAAUGGAAAUACUUCCAGGUGUUUUUUUUUUUUAAAUGCUUAACUAGUAAAACACAGCAUUGAGCUACAAUUGGGUGACCACUGAUACAGAUAUGGUAAAAUAGAUUGUAACAGUCAUCGUAAAAAAAUAAAUGAUAUAUGAAAAUAGUUGCAAUAAUUAUCAUUGCUUAUAUGUGCUGUAUUUGUACGGACAUAAGGAAAUUGCGCUAAGAAUAUAGAACUUGUAAGGAAUAUGCCAUUGGAAAAUGUUAAUUGAUGCAUUUUAAUGAGAGAUCAACUGAUGUGUUAAAUUAUUUCCAUUUCUGAUCACACGUGUGCAGUUAUGACAUUUGCUAACAAUUUUUCCUAUUUGACUAAUAAAUUACUACCAAUGAUAAAUGCAAAAAGUAGUAAUUGUUUAGCAUCAAUUUAUUACAAUUUUUAUUUUACAUGUCUGUCUCGGAUAUUGUGGUAAAGGAUUACAAUGAAAUGCUGAGAUGUGUAAAAGAUUCACAUUCCAAAUGAAUGACGAACCCUUCUGAUAGUGUGCGGGACAUUUGUACUUUUCAUUGGGCCAGUAUUACUGUCAUGUCUGCAUUUUUGUAAACAUAAACUAUUCACCACAAAUGAAAAUAAUGUUAGACAGGAGAUCACUUUUCCCAGUUUCUGAGAUUCAGUUCAUGUGCAAUUCCUUGUGCCCACUGUAGAGGGCAGUGCAGCAUUGAAACUGGGUUCUGCAGACCUUGUAGAGAUGACGUUUUGACUCUUCAAGGAUUAAUGUGUCUACAUAUUUUUGUAAUUGUAUUCUCUAGGUUUUUAUUGUAAUAGAAAUGAAGGAAUGUGCAACAGAUUGUUUUUCUUUUUUCACUAACAGGGUUAUUUCCUGAAAUAACAAUGCAAAGUGAAUUUCAAAUUUAAGGCCAGAAUAGCUAAACUGAAAGAAUAGAUAACUUAGAGAAUGUGGUGUCCAGUUUGGCCACUUUGACCUUAAGUGAAAUGAAAAUUCACCUUGAAUUCUCAUUUUAGUAAAUAACCAUGUAAAUAUUAUCAAUACAUUUAUGUGGCUGUGCCAUUGACUGACCUACACGUUCUAAUCAGCUUAUGUUUUACAAAAAAAUUAAAAUAAAUAUAAAGUUUUCAUUAUAUUAGUACGUAUGACAUGCAUGAGUCAGUUGUGUGUCUUCACAAAAUCUUUCACUAUUUUUAUUACCAUAUUUAUUUGUUCUGCAAUGAAUACUUUAAUGCAGUUUUAAAUAUUUUAACCUCUUACCUGUUUUUUUCUCAUUUUUUUCAAGUGGUCUGGGUGCCAACUGCCACUACCCUUAACCCUGCAACUGUAAUUAUUGCAGUUUUCAUAAACUGCAAUAAUUACCUUGCAGGGUUAAGUCCUCCCCUAGAGGCUGUCUACAAGAUAGCCACUAGAGGGCACUUCCUGGUCCAUAGCACAUAGCUGUGUGAUGACCUCCAGCGUCGCUAAAAUCCCCAUAGGAAAGCAUUGAAAAGUAUUUUCAAUGCUUUCCUAUGGAGAGGUCUAAUGCGCAUGCAUUCAUCGUAACAGUCAUCGCAUUAGGUCUCCCCAGUCGGCGGGCGGGUUCAGUCUCCCCCGCCAGCUGACAUAAUGAAGGGGAGGAGCGGCGACGGAGGAAGAAGCAGAGACGUGGGAAAUGUCGCAGCCUCUGGUAAGUGACUGAAAGGGGUUUUCACCCCUUCAGCAACCGGGGAUGGGAGGUGGGAGGGAGAGGGGACCUGCAGUGCCAGGAAAACGGAUUGUUUUCCUGGCACUGGAGAGUCCCUUUAACCCCUUAACGACCGAGGAUGGUUCAGAACCGUCAUCUGCAUUUUUCCAUUGCCGACCGGUGACGGUCUUGAACCGUCCUAACUGUCUUAUGUACUUACCCGAUCGCUGUCAUUCCCCCGGCAGCGAUCGGUGUUGUCCGGUGUGUGGGGAGACUGCCUGCAGCCCAGACAGUCUACCCAUGGCGGAUUAGGACCUCUGUGGCCAUGUGAUCACUCAACAGUCUGCCUGCAGGGGGACUGUCUGUGCUGACAGGCAGUCUCCCUGCUAGUGUAAAAUCAUAAAAAAAAUUAAAGUCAAUGUUAAUAAAAAAAAAAUAAUAAUUAUAUAUGUGUAUAUAUAUAUAUAUGAUAUAUAGACAUAUAUAUAUAUAUAUAAUGUCAUACUAAGUGUAUUUUUAUAUUAAUAUGUACAUAUAUUAAUAUAAAAAUACACUUAUAAUUAAAUUACACACGUAUAUAUAUAAUAACUAUAUAUAUUGUAUAUAUAUAUUAUUAUAAAAUACAAAUAAUAAGUAGAUUAAAUUAAAUUGAAAAAAUUUAAAAUAAUGAUAAAAAUUAAAAAAAAUUAUAUAUCUAUAUGCAAUUUUAUUCUAAUUGUAUUUUGAUAUUAAAAUAUAUAUAUUUAUAUCAAAAUACACUUAGAAUGAAAUUGUAUAUAUAUCUAUGUAUAUAUAAAUAAAUAAAUAAAAAUAAUACGAAAUAUACACAUGUCCAUAUACAAAAUGACAUAAAUAAUUAUAUAAAUAUACACGUAGACUUCAAAUAUAUAAAUAUGCAUAUAUAUUUAAAUUCUAUGUGUGUAUUUAUGUAAUAUUUUUACAUAAUUAAGUAAUUUUAUUAAUUGCAAUUUGAGGGACCUGCCUGCCAACCCAGGCCAAAAGUCCAGAGAACUUAAUUUGCUAGCACUGUAUUUUACCCUGUAACUUUCUAUGACAUCCUAAAACCUGUACAUGGGGGGUACCGUUUUAAUCGGGAGACUUCGCUGAACACAAAUAUUAGUGAUUCAAAACAGUAAAACAUAUCAGUGAAAUGACUUUUUUCGCAUUUUUCACACACAAACAGCACUUACUGAUGAUAUAAUUGUUGUGAUACGUUUUCCUGUUUUGAAACACUAAUAUUUGUGUUCAGCAAAGUCUCCCGAGUAUAGCAGUACCCCCCAUGUACAGAUUUUAUAGCAUUUUUGAAAGUCACAGGGUCAAAUAUAUGGGUCAAAUAUUUUUACAUUGAAAAUGGCCAGGUUGGUUACGUUGCCUUUGAGAGCGUAUGGUAGCCCAGGAAUGAGAAUUAGCCCCAUGAUGGCAUACCAUUUGCAAAAGAAGACAACCCAAGGUAUUGCAAAUGGGGUAUGUCCAGUCUUUUUUAGUGGCCACUUAGUCACAAACACUGGCCAAAAUUAUUCAAUUUAGUUUUUUACUUUUUUCACACACAAACAAAUAUGAACGCAUAUUGAAUACCCUGGGUUGUCUACUUUAAAAAAAAUGUACAAGUGGGGUGUUAUUCAGAUAUUUAUGACAGAUAAUAGUGUUACAAUGUCACUAUUGAUACAUUUGAAAAAAUGUAUGUUUUGAAACCGCAAUAUCCUACUUGUACCUAUAGCCCUAUAACUUGCAAAAAAAAAGCAAAAAAGCAUGUAAACACUGGGUAUUUUAAAACUCAGGACAAAAUUUUGAAUCUAUUUAGCAGUUUUUUUUAUUCGCUUUUGUAGAUUAGUAAAAGAUUUUUCAAGUAAAAGUAAAAAAACAUGUAUUUUUUUCAAUUUUUCAUCUUAUUUUUUUUUAAAUUAAAUUACAUGAGAUUAUAUAAAUAAUGGUAUGUAAAGAAAGCCUUUUUGGUCCUGAAAAAAAUAAUAUAAUUUGUAUAGGAACAGUAAAUGAGAGAGCAGAAAAUUACAGCUAAACACAACACCACAAAAGUGUAAAAAGAGGCCUGGUGGCAAAUGUACAACAUCUCAAAAAACAGUCCAGUCCUUAAGGGGUUAACUCCUCAGCCACUGAGUUCAGCUCAUUCCAACUCUGCUGUUCAUGAAAACUCGAACUUGGAGGGAAUCCAAGCGGGUGACUAGAGUUAAUUGUCCUUACCUGUGUUUACUGAAAAACAGCAGUUUAAAAUGCAGAGUUUAGAUAAGGGGCAUGCUAGCAUUCAAAGUACACUAAGGGCACCAUAACAACUUCAUUGGAGUGAAAUUGUUAUGGUGCCUGAAGGUUACUGGUGCUGGCUUCCCUUUAGAGGUACAACCAUUCACAAACUGUUCCAUUACGAUCACUCUGGCCCAGAAAGUCAAAUUUAUUUUAAUAACUAAGUGUGCAAUAAAGACUACAGAUCCACAUGGUAAGUAGGGCCAUAGUCAUCAAAUAUGUAUAAGUCAUACCACUUUAAAAACGUGUUUGUUUACAGCUUCGUGUCAAUACCUAAAACAUAUUCUUGGCAACCAGUACUUUUAAUCGUAAUUGUAAUUUUAAGUAAGAAUGUGUAUAUAUAAUUAUGGUGUCUGAAACACUAUAAUAUGCAAUUUUUAAUAUCAUUUACAUUAUUAAAGUAUACUAAAAUAUCGAAAUAUAAACGAAUGCAAGCAAUUAUUGUGUUACAUGAAAAAUAUAAAAAAUUGUUUAUUUUCACAGCUCUUGAAAAUUGCAAGCAUAUUCUGUAAUACUUCAUUGCCCAAAAUAUAUUACAUUGUAAAGUCUAACACCAAACCCUACUAUUUGGCACCAAACACUCUAUUACAACUCGAUUAAUAGGACAUAUAAUAAAACCAGUGUAACACAUUAAAGGGACACUCCAGGCACCCAGAACACUUCUGCCCAUUGGAUUGGUCUGGGUGCCAACUCCCAUCACUCUUAACCCUGCAAGUGUAAUUAUUGCAGUUUUUAUAAACUGCAAUAAUUACCUUGCAGGGUUAAGUCCUCCUCUAGUGGCUGUCUAUCAGACAGUCACUAGAGGCAUCUCCGGGUUCUUAAAACACAAAAAGUGUUUUAAACAAUGCUGGACGUCCUCACUCAAUGCAUGAGGACCUCCAGCAUCACCAGAAUCCCCUCAGGAAAGCACUGAAUAAUGCUUUCCUAUGGGGAGGUCUAAUGCGCAUGCGCGGCUGUCUUGCCUUUAGGGGUUCAACCAUUCACAAACUGUUCCAUUACAAUCACUCUGCGCUGUGUCAUUCUGCUGCUCAGAAUCUUGGAAGAGGAAGCAUUGGACAGAGGCACCCUGUUAUGGUCCUCCCUCUCUCCUCAGCAGUUCUUAUGCAACUCCACCCCUUUUUAUGACGCGGCGUGUGCACGCCAACGUCAUGAGUUUAAUUGGAACGUUUUGGAGACAUGGCUACUCAAUUAAAAAGCCACAAUAUUAAUAGGCUCAGAGGGCUUGAAUCGUUGCCCUGCUGUGGUUUAAAGUUAUUUGUUCCUUUUAGUGCAUUUUACUGUUGACUGAUUUCUGGUUUUGACUUUGGCUGUGUUUUGUCUAUUCUCUUUUUUCCUUCCCUGUGACUCGGUUUUUGUAUUUUCACUAAGUUUGAUUUCUGGUUUCCUUGAUCUUGCGUGUUCCUGACUAUUCUCUGUCCUUGCUACGUUAGCCUGGUCACUCUAAGGUCUGGUAUACGUUACUGGUUCUAUUCUAUUACACACUGCUGAUUGGCUUAGAGAGUAAGCUGAUACUCUAAACCAAUCAGUAACUCUCCAUUCACAAAAUGGCUAGAUAAAAAUACAUUUCUCAAGCCAUUUUGUGAAUGGGGAGCUACUGAUUGGCUUAGAGCAGUGUCUCCCAACCCAGUCCUCAAGUAACCCUUAAUAGUCCAGGAUUUAGGGAUUACCUAAUUGUGUCUUAGAAAAAAAAAGUACACUUUAAACACAAUAGGGUAAUUCUUAAAUCUUGGACUUAUAGGGGGUACUUGAGUACUGGGUUUGGAACCACUGGCUUAGAGCAUCAACUUACGAUGUAAGCCAAUUAGCAGUGCCGCUGGCUGAGACCUCUUCUUUCAAGAUUGCGAGCAGUGGAAGGACAGAAGCAGAGCGAUCAAUGCUCAAUGCAGGAAUAAGGGGUUAAACCGUUCAUGAGUGGUCUAACCCCUAAAUGUAAGGCAGUGCCAGUGACAUUCUGGCACCAUAAUAACUUAAUUCAAAUGAAGUUGUUAUGGUUAUGUUAUGCUCUAAGUGUGCACAGAGCUAAAACUAAUAGUAUACCUAAACGUUACACGAAUGAAUACAAACACGAGAGGCACAAGACAUGUUAUUGCAAAUCAAGGGAAAGUUUUGUAAAUGCACUCAAUAAAAUGAAUUAAUGUAAUGUUGGCGGUCGCAUGGAUCCUUACAAUGUGUGGGCCUGCUCAACUUCUAAACUAAUACUGUCUCACUGGUAGUGGAAUGGUAAUCCAGUUUUAGGUCCUAAUGCCCUGUCCUUUGUACAUUUAAAGGAACACUAUAGUCACCUAAAUUACUUUAGCUAAUUAAAGCAGUUUUAGUGUAUGGAUCAUUCCCCUGCAAUUUCACUGCUCUAUUCACUGUCAUUUAGGAGUUAAAUCACUUUGUUUCUGUUUAUGCAGCCCUAGCCACACCUCCCCUGGCUAUGACUGACAGAGCCUGCAUGAAAAAAACUGGUUUCACUUUCAAACAGAUGUAAUUUACCUUAAAUAAUUGUAUCUCAAUCUCUAAAUUGAACUUUAAAGGACCACUCUAGGCACCCAGACCACUUCAGCUUAAUGAAGUGGUCUGGGUGCCAGGUCCAGCUAGGGUUAACCCAUUUUUUCAUAAACAUAGCAGUCUCAGAGAAACUGCUAUGUUUAUGAAUGGGUUAAGCCUUCCCCUAUUUCCUCUAGUGGCUGUCUCAUUGACAGCCACUAGAGGCGCUUGCGUGCUUCUCACUGUGAUUUUCACGGUGAGAGCACGCCAGCGUCCAUAGGAAAGCAUUGUAAAUGCUUUCCUAUGUGACCGGCUGAAUGCGCGCGCAGCUCUUGCCGCGCGUGCGCAUUCAGCCGACGGGGCGGAACGGAGGAGGAGAGGAGGAGGAGAGCUCUCCGCCCAGCGCUGGAAAAAGGUAAGUUUUUACCCCUUUCCCCUUCCAGAGCCGGGCGGGAGGGGGACCCUGAGGGUGGGGGCACCCUCAGGGCACUAUAGUGCCAGGAAAACGAGUAUGUUUUCCUGGCACUAUAGUGGUCCUUUAAUCACAUACAGGAGGCUCUUGCAGGUUCUAGCAAGCUAUUAACAUAGCAGGGGAUAAGAAAAUCUUAAUUAAACAGAACUUGCAAUAAGGAAAGCCUAAAUAGGGCUCUCUUUACAGGAAGUGUUUAUGGAAGGCUGUGCAAGUCACAUGCAGGGAGGUGUGACUAGGGUUCAUAAACAAAGGGAUUUAACUCCUAAAUGGCAGAGGAUUGAGCAGUGAGGCUGCAGGGGCAUGUUCUAUACACCAAAACUGCUUCAUUAAGCUAAAGUUGUUCAGGUGACUAUAGUGUCCCUUUAAAAAACAAACAAAACAUGUUGACUCUUUAAAUCUCUUUAAUGCUAUUCUUAUGCAAUCCACAUCCAAAAGCAACAAGGUAAGAACCAAUUGGACAAUUUAGAGGUUAAUACAGUAUAUCCAAAACCCUAGAUAGUCCUUACCUGACUGUCCGCUACUAACUGUAACACAUCAGUUAGUAUUAUUCUUCGGAAUACAAUACAAUAGUGAAAAUUUCUCAAACAUAAACGAUGGUGCUACAAUCACCUAGGUGGGCCACAAUCACCACCCUAAAAUACAGCAACAAACAAACGAAUAAACAAGUAAUGGUGAGAGCACACAAAUAAAUUAAAUUAAUACUACCCACAAAUGAUGUUCAAAUUGUUUGUUAGUAUUAUUCUUCUAUCUCUAUCCAACCAUCUACCCACACAAUGAAGCCAGCCAACUCCAUCACCCACUCUUCACCAAGUAAAUCCAAAUUCAGCCAAUCUUCAGCCAUCUUGGUUUCUGGCACACAGACAACCUACUGUUUGCUAACUCAGGCCAAUCCUUACCAUAUAAUGUGUUUUUAAUGGGGGCACUUCACAAACCAAGUGGGUUCUUGAGAUAUGUAGUUAAGUAGUUCCAUUUCUCAUGAAAAAAUAGUAGAACUGUUGCCCAACUGAUAAUUUCUAUGUCAGCUUAUCUGUAGCUCUAAUAAUGGUUUAACUAUUUAAGAAGUUGGGCAACUGGCCAUCCUGGUUUCUAUAGGACAUGGUUAUAGUGCCUGUCUUAGCCCCCUGACCACAGAGUAACAAAAUAAUUGUGUCCCCUAUUUGACAGUUCAGUGCCACCAUGAAAGCGGUGUCUAGGGACACUAGGGAUCAUUUCUAGAAGCUUUAUUAGAACUUUGAUCAAAGUAUCGCCAUCACUUGUUUGCCUUAUUUUGGUAAUUUGUUAGUGCAAUUUUCUUAAAUCUGAUAGAUUUUCUGUCAGAAUUAUUCCAUCACUAUAAAUUUGGCAGUCCUUCAAAAUGGAAAUUUCUGCAAAAACGCUAUGCUGACAUCACUACCACUAGCUGCCAGGGAGGGAUGUCAAGUAGGACUGUCUGGGGGAGGACAUGAGCUGUGUGAUAUUAGCCAAACUAAGAUAUGUGUUCUAAUGAUGCUCCAAUGAUGCUGGCAGAGAAGGGUACAUUCUGUAUCUGCAACUUUUCAUAGCAAAAUGCUGCACACACAGACUCCAGACACCAUGACCACUUCAAAUUGGUGAUGUUGUCAUGGUGCUUGGAGUAAGCCCUCUAACCACCACAGAAUAUGUUGAUAAAUACUGCACUACAGAAUAUUAGAAGCACCACAACAAUUACAGCAUGCUGUAGGAGUUACAGUGCCAGAAGUGCUCUGACAUCCCAAUUUCAAUAGACAACUCCUCCACUAAGAGUUAGCCUGGCAUUGCAGGGCUUAGCUCAUUGGCUGAGAGGGAUCAACUGACACUCUUUGCCAAUGAGUUAGUCCUGCAUUUCAGGAUUUAGCUCAGGAGAGCUAAUGGAAGUUCUGGCUAUCAUGGUGGAGGUGACCAAUGCCAGUAUCCAGGUAAGUUGUUAAACCUUACCCUAGAAGGUUGCAAGGGCACUCCUGGCACCAUAAAUACUAUAGCACAAUGUAGUGGUAAUGGUGCUUGGAAUGCUCAUUUACCAUUUACCCUUGCUUGAAGAGAGGUUGGGCAACAUCUUGUCCUUCACAUCUUCACAUCUUGUCCUGCUUGAAGGACAGAAUAUGCAUCACUAGUGAAUCUGCAAGACAUACAGAUUACAAUAUAUUUGAGUAUAUGGUAGCAAAAUGUGCUGAUACAAAUGUGGUUGUUGCAGGCAGUAUGCUCAAAAAAGGAACUGUGACCUCUCUGGUACUGACAUCCCCCACCCUUAUUAAUGCUAUUGGAUUUUUUACUGGGAUAAAAAGUGCAGGAACAGUACCCCAGUAUGAAAACAUUUCUCCUACAACCCUUGCAUGUGCCCUUGUUGUGUUCCUAUGAUGCUCCUUGCACUAUUGCAUCACAGUACCUCGACAUUGGUUGUUCCUAUUUAAUUUUAACAUGUGAGACAGUUUCAAGAGGAUCUUCUCAAAUCUAUACGCUCUGUGGUCAGUUCCAAUGGGGCAUAUAUGUGAGGAUGGACAGGAAAACUCAAACCAAGGUCUCUGGUCAAGAUCUUCAUAAAUUACUGAAAAAGCAAGCUGCACAAUACAGUUUGAUCACUCUAUUUAGCCAGCCAGUCAGCAUUCUGCCAUUUAGAAAAGUAGAAUGUCCACAUCUUACUUUUCCUCAGGUGACGAUGCCUAAUGGAAUGCUAUAUUCCAGACAUCAUUUAACGUGGCACACCAAUACAUGGCUUCGACUGAAUAUUUGUCUUCUUCCCUGCUCAAUAUAAAUUCCACAAAAAAGAAAAACAGCAUGGAAAACGGUGUGUGGAAUUUACACCUUCAACUGUGAAAAGGGUCAAGAGUUUAAUAUUAACUUAAACAUUUCUCAAAUGAUAAAAAUAAACAAUUGGUGGAAUUACAGCAACUAUUUCAAAAAGCUGGUAGAGGCGCACAUAAACUCGUAGCUUGCAACCAUCUUCUCCAGGAGAAACCAAACUAAGAGUCUAAAAAUGUUCUAUUAAAAUAUUAUGACAGUUUUUGUUGUUUAAAAGCUGGAGAGAUAAUAUUUUAUUAAUAUAAUUUUUUGACAUAUAUAUAUAUAUAUAUAGAACCAGCAGAUUCCAUAGUUACAGACAAGUCAUCUUAUGAAAAACAUUAUAUAAAAUAUGUUGUGUACAUAAAUGUGUACUUGAACAGAAGAAUGAGGGCACGGCUCGGUCAAGGUCACAGUCGUGUUGUACACUACCUUACCUUAUCCAUCUCAGUUUGGAGUAUUCUAGAAAAUCAUUGUUUAUUCAUUUUCAGAAAGUCUCUCUGAAACAGUCAAGACUGUUAUCUAAGUGGCCUUUUUAAAUAAUGAGGCUCCAAUUCAAGGCAACUCGAAGCUAUUUAUGACGCUUGUAGAAUGCUCUCUAAGAUGAGCUUUUCUCUGUGCGUAUGAUUUGGAGCAUUUCUUUAAUGUCUUUGGCUGCUAUGCCAUGAAAUGCUUGGGCCUCAUUUUUUUUCCAGUCUGACACUGAUCGUAUUCAUUUUACCAUCCUUGGGGUGUAAUGUUUGCCCAUGUGCAUGAAUUACUCAGAUCACUAUUAACAUACAAAAAAGCAGCUUCCUUCAAUCGAAUACAUUUGAAUGACAAAACUGAGGCUAAAAAAGUUAAGCUGUGACUAUAGUUGAAUUGAAGAAUUUUUCAACAUUAUCUGUUUAAGCUUCAAUUUUGCAAAUCAGAUUUAAUGUGCCAAAAUGUGGUGUUGCAAGGUGUCCUCUUUUUCUAAAGCAGGCUUCUUUGCUUAUGGCAAUUCAGCUCAGUGCGGUCAGUGUGUGAGAUGUAUAUGUACACCGAUAAGGAAGUCUUUUUCUGGAGUAGGGGCAUGUGGCUAAGGAGGCAGGCUUACGGUGUAGAAUGGAUAUUUUCUUGCCAAAACUACAAAUAACAAUGGAAAGUUGCAUAACCUCCAAUAAGGUGAAAUCAUAUCAAAUGUGUUAAAGUUGAAAGGGCAAAAGAAAAGCUCAGAUGCAAAGUGGUUCAUGCUGGUGCAAAGAGUGCUACUAAAGGCAUACAAACAUUUACAAAUGUUUAUUUUCCACUCAUUGUAACACAAUCACACUUUUUAAAGGUAAACAGUGAGUUAACUCUUAGGUAGCAUUGGGCUAAUACUUAUUACCUUUUAGAUACUGCAGUCACCUACUCCUCCUCAUUUUUCUGUGGAUAUACUUAAGUUGUGUUGGUGCCCAAAGUUUCCCUUUAAAAGUCAACUAUUAAUACAUUUUUGCUUCACCUCAGUUACAUUUUUGAGAACUAGUUUUUAUUCAAAAGGUCACUUCAACCAAAAAACAUUGUUUUCAUAAAAACAAAGUAACCCUUGCUAUGGUGGUCCACACCCACCAAAUAUAUAUUUUUUUAAAAAAAGAAUAAAGCAAAAAGGAACCACUUUUUCAGCACUGAGGCGGCGCCCGACCAUCCACAGCUGACAUCACUCCUCUUCACUAGAGGACAUGUGUGGCAUGGGUAGGGGUGAUGGAAUUACUGACCAUCAUGGUACCCUUUAAUGCUGCCCUAGGUGGAGUUACUCCUCUAGCAGCAGAGGGGUUUAUCUCCAUAUGUCCAAUGUAAAAUGCUGUACAUACAGACUCAAGGGACCACGACCACUUCAAAACAUUGAAGUGUUCAUUGUGCUUGGAUUAACCUUUUAAGUACUGGUUUUGAUGGCAACGAAUAUUCUCCUAUAUAAUUUUUAAUACAAAAAAAAAAAUGCAUCUUUAAAUCUAUUUCAAUGUAUUAUUAUUUCUAGUUAACAACAUCAUUCUGAACAGCAUAAAAGUUUACUAACCUCUUUUUACACACAUUAUCUGGCGUAUCAAAUUAGUAUUGGCGGUAUGAGUAUGAAUUUGUUAUCACUUUUAAUCUGCUUCGAUACAGAUUGGACACCUUAGCUGAGAAUAACAGGGUUUAGCUACUGAAACUCUCAUUAUCUUCCUUAUAUCAUGAUCUACGUCCUUGGAGUGUCUUUGUUGGAGAAGGCUAUUUUCCAAAUUCAAAAAAAAUAAUUUAAAAGAAAAUAAAAAUUAAAGAAAAAAAUGAAGCCGUCAGUUGCCUAGCGUAUACAGUUUCCAAGUCUCUAGUAAUAUAAUGGUUUAUAUGUCUAGAUUUUGUAACCCAUAAAAAAUGGUCUCUAAACUAUAAAGGUGAUAUGCCUAUUAGGAAGAUGAGUGAAAAGCAGAAAAGGUCUUUGAGGAACCCUGCUAACAUGUCUCACGAGGAAUGUACAGACAUGCUGUUAGAUGUAUCUAUUUAUUUAUAAGAAUUACUGUGUAACACGGAUGGUCUGCAUGUUUAUAUAGGUGUUCCUGGUAAAUAUUUGGAUUAUUUUGCCAAGUUUAAAGAGAUGUGAAAUAUUUCUUGGUUUACUCAACCAUGUAAUUAGAAAGGUUUCUUCCAAAAAUCUUGUGGGAUGGUAUUUUGAAAAAUAAAUAGUAUUGCUCAUUUUAUUAUCCGUAUAAAAAAAUGUACACUUGCACAAUCUGACAUAAAAAGCAUUAACAACACGGCUGCCCACGUAAAUACAAGGAAUAUACAUCUGUUCAGUACUUUGAAAAUGUUUGUAGUUUCUAAACUUAAUUUGCAUUAGUUCCACUUCCUAUAAUACUGUAAACUCAUGGGGCAGCAUCAAAGUGAAUACAACACUUCUCAAAAUUAAAUUAGUCACCUAAAGUAGCAUUAAAGAAACACUCCUUUCAAAUAUUUAAUUUUUUUUCCCUAUUUAGUAGAUAAUUCCCCAGAGAAAACAUACACAUAUUUUUCUGCAUGUUUUCUUUGGGAUUAUAUGGAGAGAAAAAAACAGCAUGCAAAAGCUCUUGAUCUGCUGUGUGCCAGUCUGUGCCAGUCUGUGCCAGUGGAUUGACCAAUCAGAAACUUCUCGUAGACAGACUCCAGACACAUACAGCACUUCAGCCAAAGUGAAAAAAUUAUUUAUUUUCUUUCUGUAAAAAUGCUGAAAAUUCUUGUCUUUGGAAUGUUUUUGACUUGACAGUUUUUUUUAUUCAUUGUUUAUUUCAAAUGCUUACAUUAAAGGAACACUACAAACAUCAGUGGCGUCUCUAGGAUUCAUUUUUUUUUGGGGGUGGGGGCACAUGGUGGGCCAAGGACAAAAGUAGGGGGGCAGUUAUAAAACAUCUAUGUGUGUGUAUACACACGCUCCCUUAAUCCCUCUGCAAACUGCAGUCUCAGCCAGGUAGGCAAUGUGUCACACCUUAGAUGUAGCCGCACUGCCAGUUCAGCUCGCAUCUACCCCAUGGAUUGAAUCCAUGUCUUUUUUGCCCCCUCUACCAAACAAGUCACUUUUCCCCUCCCUUUCAAAGGGGGCACGUAAUGAUGUAGGGGGGGCAUGUCCCCUCUGCCCCCCCCCACCCCUCCCAGUGAGACCACUGCAUUAACGUUAGAAAUACAACUGCUAUAGUGUUCCCCCUACCAGUGUUGGUGUUCCCACCCUCUGGGAGGGUUUACGUAUAUUACCUCACCACAUAGUCUCUCUGUGGCUGCUCUGUCUCUCCACAGAGAAGCAUUGGGAGGCUAUGGUGCAAUUAAAUGCUCUCUAGAAGCAUAAUUUGAUUGAGAAUCAAGUCUGACUCGGAUCUCACAGUGGAAGCACCUUUAGUGGCUUGCAGGAAUGGAAACAUUAGUUUCAUCAAAAUGACAAUGAUUUACAUUGCAGGGUUAAAACGAAAGAGCCACUGCACCCAGACCGUUCAUUAAGAUGGAGUGGUCUGGGUGCCUUUAGUGGUCAUUUUAAAUAAUUUCUGUGAUGAGUUCAGCUUGGUGAGGAGAAACCGGGUUAUUUCUUAUUCUGUGAUAGCCAGUUGGAUUUGUUCAGUUGGAGGGAAGCAAAUUCUAUAUAUAUCUAUCUAUCUAUACUAUCUGGAGCUGAACAGAGCCACUACAGACAUGCAGAUGGGGAAGAAUAGCUGAUAUGGGUUUUUAAAUCUUAUUCACUGUGGGGACAUAAUCCCUAUAAAUUACUGAUUGUGGAAACAUAUUAAUGCAAGCUUUGCUAUUUUGGAACACGGAGAUGCUGUGUGCAUUUACCAUCGCUAUGAUAUGUCUCUGGCUUCCUAAUUAUUUUUGUCAGUUUUAAGCUCUUAUGACAGUGGCGUCAUCUAACAAUGUUAUCUGUAUAUCUGAUUCGUAGCAUCAGCAAUCACAUGAACAGGAAAGCCUGAUAUAACUUAAAGUGUUUAGAUUGAUUGCUCUUAUCAAUGAUCACCUACGUUCGAAAAUUGAUUGCAGUGCGCAUUAACAGAUGCUGCAAGUUCACCUUGUGAUGUCCUUGACAUAUCGGUCGUUUAGAAAGGAUUUCAAUGAUGGUCCUGACAUGUCAACCUGUCUUUAGUAGGCUUUUCCAUCACAAUUUCACUUCGAGCUUCAAGUACUGUAGCAAAAUUCAGUGGAAAAAAGCAGUGAUAUUCCUGAAGAUUCAAUUUUCGUUAUAACAUUUUGCAUAGUUAGAGUAAAAAGGUCAUUUGAGGUUAUGUGCACGCAUAGAUUUGUAUGCAGACAUUUUAUCCAAGAGGAAACUGGAAGACUGUAAUUAAAGAAAGCCUGUCUGUGUCUUGAAACGUUGAACAGAAAAUAUUCUUACUAACACAACCAAUUUUUUCUGCCAGUAUAGGUCAUCAACAUCCCAACAGUCCAAGAUACAAAUUUAACUUCAUUGCUGAUGUGGUUGAGAAGAUCGCGCCUGCAGUUGUCCACAUUGAACUUUUCUUAAGGUAAUGUUUCAUUUUAUUUGAUGUGUUUGACAAUUUCGGCUCAAGUGGAAUCAUAUUUUAUGUUCAAGACAAUAAAUUCUUGGGGGGGAAAAUAACUCUGAGACAAACUCUAGGAGUUUGAAACAGUAAAACAUGUCAAUCACAAAUGCUCUCAAAACUACCCUUUCCACUAAAUGAAAAAGGCAUUUAUCUUUGGGCUUAAAUAUUGCAUUACCGACAAGCAUGUCCCAAGUCAUUGAUGUCAAGCUACUGAUUGUUCCUAGUCUUAUCAUACGCUAGUCUGGAGUAAAAGAAUUCUCAGAACAAGUUUGGAGAUCACUCGAUGUGUGACCUGAGAGUACAGCAGCUAACUCUAGUAGCACAUGCUGGCUAUUCUUUGCUAAAAAUAAACAAUUGAAGAAAUUGUAACUGCCCCAUUAAAAAAAUGUCAAUUCUUUAGCUUCCAUAUAGGAAUUAAGUAAAGCCAGUGGAAACAAAGACACAAUCUUUAUUUGGCACAUCAUGGUAUACUGAUAUAAAAGGUGAUUGAUGGUUAUGCAAACUCGUGAUUUGAAAAAUGGACCAAUGUAUUUGUCCAGGAUUACAAACUGAGUUUCCUGCAUUUGUACAUAUCACUUUUAUGAAUGGGGAGCUACUGAUUGCCUUAGAAAGUCUGCUGACUACUCUACACCAAUAAGUAACGCUCUUUUUCGAUAUGCUCGAGCCUUCCAUUAUCUAGGAUUUCAGAUAGUAGAAGGACAGAGGGCAGAGCAGUCCAGCGCUGAGACACAUACUUUGGGGUUAAAGCAUUUGUGAGCGGUUUAAAGUCCUAAAGAUGAGCCAGUACCAAGGACCUUCUGGCACCGUAAUAACUUAUUUUCAAUGAAGUUGUUAUGGUGCCCAAACUGGCCCUUUAACUUUAUCCAUAUCCUAGUUAAUCUUAAUUUAGAACAAAAAGAUUUAAAAAAAGCUUUUUGACAGAAAAGAAUAAUUUGCUGGUUGGUUUAAUAUUACAUGUUCUAAAUGUACUUUGAGAUAAGUAAGCCCUGUUAGAAAGCUCCUAUUAUUUUCGACUUGAGCUCUGCCAAAUACCGCAAUGCAUGCUGUGAAACAUGACUAUUUAAUGGGACAGCCUAUGCACAUUUUAUUAUGUUGACUUUAAACUUGGAAAGAAGAAAUGGAGUUUAUUUUACAAUGGGAAUAAAAAAAUUAUUAUCAAGCAUUAAUAAAUAGAGCCAGACCGUAGAUUGGUGUUAUAUAAAGCCUUAUUUAGGGAUGUCUGAUUGUUUCUAUAGCCACAUGGUUAAUACAGUGCCGUUUCGGGAAAUAAAGUGUAUUCGGUGAUUUCCUUAAAAAUAAUUUCAGCAAAGAAAAAAAGAUUGCUUUGUGUUGCAAUAAUAGAUGUGAAAGGCUAACACAGCGUUACAGGAGUGAGAGAGCACAACGGAUCAGUAUAGCACCUUUGCUAGCCAAGCACUGUGUGGGUAUGAUUAUGGAAUGAAGGCUACAAUCUCAAUAUUCUAAUAGCCUGACUCAUUGGGAUACUUCAUGGUGGACCACAGUAGCACACCAGUUUUCAUAGGUGGCAAUAGGAAAGAGUUUUCUUCUCUUGGCUAUACACAGAUCUGUCUGAAUAGUUAUCAUAAACCUUUUAUGGAGGAAUUGGUCCAUCACUUAGUAAAUAUAUAUUACGCAAUUAUGGAGGCCUUGACACAUAUAGUGUAAUUGCUCAAGGAGGGAUUGGAUGGUACAAGGGUUGAAAACUAUAAACCCAUCUGGCUUUUCAACUCAGAUGUUUUAGUGAAGGUGCUAGCCAACAGGCCCCUUCUAAAAAGACUGAUUUAUCCAGAUCAAGUAAGAUUCUCCCCAGACAGAUAUUUAUAUGAAAAUAGAAGACAAAAUACUUACCUAAUGGACAUCUUACACUGAAAAUACUUGCUUCAUGUUAUUUCUGGACAUGAACAUAUAAUUUGACAGAGUGGAAUGACCUUACUUGUUGGUCUUUUAAGUACAUCCUCCAGACCGUACCUAACACUCUAGGCGAGUCACUUUACCUCUAUGCUAACUUGAGAGCCCAAACCAUUGUACAUGAUUUCUCAUCUCUGUGAGUGCUUACACAUGCAGGUGAUGUUUGCUCACCCUGUCCAAUUCUGUAUCACCCAUGCCCACCUUGUAGAACUUACUUACCUCUUUACAAGACUAACCCUUAUUAAAACUAAUUAAAUGCUCUGAAAAUUAUUUCCGAAGAAAUUAUUUUGCCAAGAAUGUCUAAGUACAUGUCCUUGAUCUAUUUGAUCGCAAAUAGCUGAUGACAGUUUUAUAUGGAAUUAUAAAGCACAGGGUUGCAAGGAAGAUUAUUUACUGCCCAGCGUAUUCAGAGGUCUGUGUCUGCCCAAUUUCUUUAUGUGUUAUUACUUGGCUUCAGAUUGCCACAUGGCACAGGAUAGGGGGUGGAUAGAACUAAUCCAAUCUGAUGGGCUCUAACCUAAGAAAGUUUUACAUGUGCUUACACAACUUUACUGAAGCCUAAAUACUCCGCUCUAGUCAACUCAAUGAGGAUCUGCAAUGCUAUUAAGCUGAAAUACUCAUUAUUUUGUUUGCCCAGCGUUUCUGUAACAAAGGCUUGCUUCCAUGGAUGAGAUCCAGGGACUUAGAAACUAUAUAAUCUGUAAGGAUAGAAAUAUAUAGGAAAUAUAAAUGAUAUAUAUAUAUAUGUAUAUAUAUAUAUAUAUAUAUAUCUCAUUCAACUUAGCCCUAGUGAUUAUCAUUAUUUACAUUUUUUUAUUAUAAACAAUUAAUAAAAUCACACGGACAGUAAGGAGAGCCCUAGUGAUGCAUUGGUUGAAGGAUAUGACCCCUUCCCUUUGUGAGGUUUAACAUAAGAAUGAUGGAUAAACUGACAGCAAAAGUGUACAAUACUGUUCAAUCCAUCAGGCCUCUGUUUAAUUUGUUUGAAUCAGAAUCAGAAAUGCUUCCAUUAUGUUUUUGAAACUCUUCAAAUUAUUUAUCAGUAAAUUCUAUGGGAAUGAUUGUAGACUUAUCACUUGGAAAGUUUUUCUUUUUUUUCUUACAGAUUGGAAUAAUUUCUGAUUCUGAUUCAAACAAGUGAAAUCAAUGUCUUAGUAAGGUGUGUUUAUUGUGGGGAAAAUAUAAGUAUUAACUAUUAAUUUUCCAAUUUGUAAAAAGAUCUGGCAGAGAUUAUGCUUUUCAUUACUUGCUUUUGUUACAGUUUUGUUGUUUAAUCUUUGAGGGCAUAUAGCCUCUUUCUCAGAUAUUAUAAUGAGACAGCACAGAUCGUACCUGUGAUACAUUUGAGACAUUGCAUUUGUUUCCUUGUGACUAGUGAUGUCCCGAACGGUUCACUAAGAAUGCAGCUUCAAAAUGGAUGCUGUCCAGGAGGUGGGAGGGUCUGGGAGGGAGGGUCUGCUGCUGAUUGGCUGGAAUGUGUCUGCUGACUGUGAGGUACAGGGUCAAAGUUUACUCAUUGAUGAGUCCGUGGCGAACCGUUCGUGGCGAACCGUUCGGCGAACCGUUCGGUGAACCGUUCGGGACAUCACUACUUGUGACACGUGUUUAGAUAAGUUGUAUGUGAGUACUGCUAUUUGUAUUGUCUGUAUCAAAACAAAGAAUUUAAAAAAAGUAACAGUGAUCGAGGAAAAUUAUGAAUAACUUCUUAACUCCGAGCCUCUCGGCCAUCACGAUUUUCGGGUCCUGUCCCACCAUCCUAACUGUGUUCUCUGAAUAUCACAAGCACAUCAUUAGAUUCACGUGCGCUAUGCUCAGGUCAAUAAGACACUUCAUAGGUCACUGAAACAGUGCUCUCUGCAUGUCUACUCUUAGUGGGUCAGCCAACUUGAUUGGCAGGCAGUCUGGUUUGUUUUCAAUUCUAAGGGCAGACCUGCAAAUUGAUUCACUGACCCCUAUUAACCCUCUCACUGGUGUCCCCUUCACAAGAUGCCGAGGUUGGGAGAUAUGUAAUUCUUACGUGUUUAAACGCAUACUUCUUCAUGUAGAUAAAUAUAUAUAUUUGGUAGUUAAAUCACCACAAUUCACUGUUUAGUGAACAAGCCACCAAGACAAGAACCAUAUUUAACCGAUAGGAAUAAAAAUGUCUUCCUCUGUUGUCAUGGACCCAGGGUUUCAGGGUUGGGGUUCCUCUUGCUUGGUUGGGAGCAUUUGUUGUUUCAUCUUCUUUGAACCUUAUGGACAAAAUGGAGCUGAGUGCUUUGGUGGGGCUGAGAGUAAUGUGUGGACUGUUAAUUACCCUAUUGUAUGCAAAUGACCCUCUGUGGGUUUAACUACCUCUGCACACCUGCAAUAAAGUCAGUUCUGGUUAUCUCCUACAUGUAGUCUCGACUCAUGGUGUGGGGUAAAGACUAUAAUCACUGCUAUAAUCACUCCCUAUAUUUCACCUCCGAAUGCUACUAAUGGCUCCCGAAUACUUCGACUUGGUUAUAUUGGAUGUAUAGGAAGCCGAGAAGUAACAGAGGUACUCAGACGGAAAACCCAUAGUCUAUUACAAAUGUCAAGGAAAACACUAUUUAGUAAUAGGAGUAAAGGUUGACUUUCAAUGUUGUGUAAGACCGUGACAUUGUCUGUAAUGAGAUAAAGUUAAUAAGUGUUGUAUAAUUUUUCCUAUUUGUCUUUACAGGCAUCCUUUAUUUGGCCGUAAUAUUCCUUUAUCAAGCGGAUCGGGGUUUAUUAUAUCCGAUAUGGGUUUAAUUGUGACCAAUGCCCAUGUAGUAACGACAAGUAGCAAUGCUGUUUCUGGUCGCCAGUUUCUCAAAGUGCAGCUCCACAAUGGAGAUCCAUACGAGGCUACAAUUAAAGACAUUGAUAAAAAGUCUGACAUUGCAACAAUCAAGAUAUUUCCUAGAGUAAGUCACUGCAAAAUGAUUAUUUUAUAUUAUUUAUUUUGUUUUACGUAUGUAUAUAUUUUUUCUUUCUUCUGGUAAAAUGCCUUAGUGUAGAUGAUAUAUAAGAGCAAAUCUGUGCAUAACUCAAAAUAAGGCGCAAACGUACAUGGAUUUUUCACAAUGAAAGUAAGUUUUACAACUUUCUUAAUGGUAUGCGAGACAUGCUAAGGCAUGUGCAGAAAUAUCUUCUUCUGUUAUCCUGUGACUCUAUGUCCCUGUCUUACAGAAAGACUAUAUGUAAUUUAUAUCCAAAAUCCAAAUAUCAUAAAUGAUAAAGCUCUCAUUGACCGGACACAGGCUUUCCGUAUACCCACUAUCAUGAUUAUUAUGGACACUUACACAGUCCGCUUAUUUAUUGUCAUUCAGUUUUCAGUUAUUGUGUUUCUUGAGUCUCAAAAUAUAGGCAGAGUUAUGUCAUCAUGUAACCAUCUGUUAUAUGAUACUCAAUUCAUCUGUCCCUAUAUUAGAAAAUGUAUGUAAGAAAAAUCUUGAAAAUAUAAAAAUAUCUUAAAUAUUCCACAGUCACAGUUAUACUGUUUAUUAAUUCAAUGUUAUGUAAAAAGUAACCAAAAUAAGGUAAAUAGAUAAACAGGGUAAUUUCUGGGAAUAUUUAUUGACAAGGUUAUUCACUAAAGCGAGAAUUGAAUGAGAAUUUCAAAUUUAAAGGGACACUCUGGACUCCUAAAUCAUUUUAGCUUGCCGAAAUGAUUUAUGUGUGAAGAAUGUGUCAUCUUCUUUUCAUUUUACAAAAAGAGCAGAUUUCAGUAGAAAUUGGCAUGUGUAUAAAUUAACCUGGUUACACAACUUGGCUGUCAAUCAGACAACUGGUCAUGUUACUUCCUGGUUGUUUAGCUGAGUGGAACUAAACUUAAGAGGCAGCACAUGUCCAGAGUUCUGUUUGUAUAUAAGCUGUUCUCCGUUCAGCCUGUACACAGUCAGCCCUCAUGUAAAUCCGGCCUGGGAUGUUCUCUUCCUUUAGAUUGGAAGUUUGUUUUGGAAAAGCCCAUAUUGUUCCUGUGUGUCAAUCAUGUUUUGUUAGAAUAAAAUUUUUGGCUUAUUUCCCACUAUACAGCAUUGCUGAGCAUGUUGGCGCUAUAUAAAUAUUUGUAAUUGUAAUAUGAAAAACAGUGCUGCUCCCUGUGGAAUAUUUACUAAGUAGUUAAAGGAAAAAAUGCACAUGUCUUAAGGUCGUAGAUGUUAUAUUCCAAUAUUACAGAUUCCUUUUCAGUAGCCAAAAAAAAAGAUGUCUCAGCUAUUUGUUUCACGACAGGUAUCCUAAUAGAAUAGAAUGUGCUUGCCUGUAAUCAUGUUUUACAUUCUUUGUGUCUAGAAAAAGUUGCCAGUCCUACUCUUAGGGCACUCGGCUGAUCUGAGACCCGGAGAGUUUGUUGUAGCCAUUGGCAGCCCGUUUGCAUUACAGAACACUGUCACAACUGGUAUCGUUAGUACUGCUCAGAGAGAUGGGAAGGAGCUCGGCUUGAGAGACUCUGACAUGGGUUAUGUCCAAACAGACGCCAUCAUUAACGUGAGUUCUAUUAUCACUGUUUUAUGUGUGCAUGUAGGUGAAAAACCAAAUAGCUUGCCCUUCAAUUAGUUCCCAUUAAGGUCUUGUAAAAGUUUUUACUCGUUCGUGCUAUUAGAGAGAGCCUAUACCAGUUGUUUAUCAGACUUAUACCACCCACAAGAGGAGUUCAGAUCUCCCAACAAGUCCCCUCUGCAUGAUAAAUUCAGAAACCCCUAGCUAUCAAUUUGGCCUUUAUUUGGCCUGAUCAGUGAGUUGAGGGAUCUGAUACGUUUCUAGGCAAAGUCCAAGUCUGGAUCAUAUGUUUGGCUUAUGGAGUGCCUAAUCUUAUGCACAUAAGCCACAACAGUCCUGAAUGCUCUCAUGCGUUCUGCUACAAUAUAUGUGUUCAAGGCUAACAGUGUUAUCCAGAUGAGGACACCUCACUUUCCCAAGAAGGUGAUCAGCUACCCUACACUCCCCAAGCCCAAUGAAAGCAUGGAGAGUGUGGACUGCCAGACUGCUCAUUUGUGUGGGUUUAGCCUGGAAUGCAAAUUAUAUAGACUUUUAUAGCAAUGGUGCAUAUGGGGUAAAGAGUGUUUGAGAUCCAAGCAGAAACUAACUGAAGAAAAAUCUAUUAUUUUAUUUUCCCAUUCUCUGUGUUCUCAUGGCUUCUGUUUUUGGUUUUCGAUGUGCAAAACAUUGUGCAUUGCUAUACCUCUAAGUAUAUCCUUUGUUAAAAUAUCCUUAUAAACCUUAAGGAGUUUAUGUUCCCUCUUCGCCAUUGUCCUCUCUGCAUCCCUCUACCUUUGACUGUCUCAUUUUUCACCUAGCUGCAUUUUCAUCUUAUCACUUAUAACUGCCUGCAUCCCAAAUGGCCAUCCCCUCCUCACCUAGCACACUCUUAGCAUGUGCCUCGGCCAGCAUCCUAGUUGGCAGUGCCCUCUUUGGCUGACAGCACCAUCAACAUAUAUACUAUUGUCAGCAUUUUCAAUCACCUAUUUUCCCCUGGCAUAUACAUCCCCUGGCAUCAUCUAUUGUCCUGUGCUUUGUUUAAUGCAAACCUAUUUCAUUAGCUGCACCUACUAAUACAACACCCAUCGGCCUGUGCCCUCAUUGACGCAUCCUUUUGUGCUUGGCGCCAUGCAUCACAUUAUUAUAUACUUCAUCUGUUUUCCUUCCAUUCUCUGACAGCUAAUGGAAUGGCAGUUCAGUGGCUCAAGGUCAAUUAAUUAUAUAUAUAUAUAUAUAUAUUUUUUACUAUUUUAAAUUAUCACAUUUAAUGUAGCAUAUACAUACUGCAUGUUUAAACCAACAUUCCGUACCCUUUAUUGAAUAAUUAAAAUUUCUUGGCAAUUGUUCUUGUUUUCUUGACUUAUCUCACCCAUUUAUAUCUCGCUGUAUAUUACAUGAAAUAUAACUGUAACUGACAAAUGUUGCUCGUUACGAACGUAUUCGAAUUGCCACUGAGGUCACCUGUUAUUUUAACCUUUUAAGAAACUUCAUGGAAAGAUUUGUUCCCACAGAUGUUUUGAGGGUUUAUUUUAAUACUUUUUCCUGUGAGAACUCAGAAUUAUUAGUUCCAGCUAACAAUGACACAUUAUGUAAUGUACUUAGCCAACACCUGGGAGAGACACAAGUCAAAGUUUUGAGGUAUAUUUGCUAAACAUUGAACUGAAAAACUAUUAUAGCUUAUAUUUUGUAUAUUUAGGGAUUCAGUCAAUUUGGAGCAAUGAAGUCCUGCAACAAAAGAUUUUAUUGCUCCAUACGCGUGUACCCCCAAACUACUGAAAGGAACACUUCAAUGGUGAGACAAUCUCCCCAUCACAGUUCCCUUCCCCUGCUGGAGAUUUCUCGCUAGUCAGUAAAUGCAUGCCAGGCUAACUCAUCAUAGCACCAGAGGUCCUCUGAGGUCAACACCAAUGCAGUUGUGGUAUCUUGUGGUGUAAAACACCAGGGAGCCAACCUGGGAUUGUGGGACAGGACCCCAAACUCAGGACUAUUCUGCCAAUCCUGAGACAGAUUGCCAUAUGCAACCGAGAGAUUCUCACAUGGGAUAAUUUCAACAUUAACAUGAUAUUUCACUAAAGAGAGAAUUCAAGGUGAAUUCAAAGCGAAUCAAAUUAGCCUAACUGGAAAAGUUCUCUAAAUCAUGGCUAUGCUCAUCUAUGCUUUCUUUUCAGCUACUCUGGCCUUAGAUUUGAAAUUCACUUUGAAUUCACCCUGAUUUCUUGCAUUAUUCAAAUAACCUUUUUUAUGUGAACUUUUUUUUCCACAAAUUUCUGGCAAACAUUAUAGUGAUUUACCUUUCACUUAAUUUUUAAUUCACCAGCUGCAGUCACAAGCUGUACUUCUGCUGUUAUGAUUUUUCAGUCUGAUGUGUGAUAUUGCAAUAUAAAAUGGCUCACGUUCGGAGGGCUCAGUGUGCAAAAUAAAUAGAACAGAUAAAAAGAUUGCUAUUGCUGUAUUGAUGUUCAUCGCUGUCAGGAUUAUUCUGUAAAGUGACAAUUGUGGGGAGUUUAAAGUGAAUUCAAGUGAUUUUCCACCAUCAGGACACAAUAGCCAAAUAAAAACAGAAUUGACUUGGAGUAUUUUUCUAAUUCUGCUAUAUUGUCCUAAUAUUCACAUUGAGUUUCUGGCAAUUCUCACUCUAGUAAAUAACCUUGUAUAAAAUGCAUUGAUCAAGGGGUUAAAAAUAUUAGUAAAAAAGUUUUUGAAACACAGAGGGAGAUUUUACCUUUCCUACUGGCUGACUGGUAAGGGAACGGGAUGAAGCUACUCUGCACUCUUUGAGUUAAUUGAGCAUGAGCCAGGCACGUCAUUCUUAAAGGUUUACUCCAGCCCACUGUAGUUGUUAUGGUGCCAUUCUCAGGUAAAGAGGCAAACCCAUUUUGUAAUGGUGUGCCCUCUUACCUGGGUCCCUGCCAAGAGCCAUGUUUUCUCUGGAAUAGGCUGAAUGACUCCAGUCUUUUGCAGAGCUGCAGAAGCUGAAUGCUGAUUCCACCGGGCAUUCAUUGGUUGAGAGUGGUCAGCUGAUGUGCUCCGCCAAUGAAUUCCUGUUCCGGGCUAAUGAUGUACUAAUGAUGUUCAUUGUUUAUCUAUGUUUAUGUAUCUUUUCUUAUGCACAUACAGACUCAGGCACCAUAGCCACUUCAGAACACUGCAGUGGUCAUGGUGCUUAGAGUAACCCUUUAAUAUGCUAAAAUUUACCAGGAAAUCAUUUAUAUGCUGAUUUUUAUAAAAUUAUAUUAGAUUAGGGGUUCCCAACCCAGUCCUCAAGUACCAUCUACCAGGCCAGCAAUUAGGGAUUAUCCUGUUGUGUCUCAAGUGGCUUUUUUUUUUUUUUAAACACCUUAGACACAACUGCGUAAUCCCUAAUUCCUGGACUGGUAGAGGAUACUUGAGGACUGGGUUUGGAACCACUGUAUUAGAUGGUAAUUUUCCCACUAACUAAAAAUGUAUUUUCCUCGUUACAGUAUGGAAACUCUGGAGGCCCUUUGGUUAAUUUGGUAAGUGUGGCUUUUCUGAUUUUACAUCACUAUUACCAUAUAUUUAUAAUGUCAAUGAUUGUUUCUAACUGUGUUUGUGCUGACACGGGCACUACUAUGACAAUAUAGACCCCGCCUAUAAUGAGGAUUACCAUAGCUUAAACAGAGGGGGAGAUAGGGUCUCUGUUAGAACCCCCUGACCUUAAGGCAAAAUAUAUUUUAUUCUUUUUCACUUAUUGCAGGUGAUUUUUCAUUUUGCAGUAACCUGCUCCAAAUUAGGGUGGCAAGUGAGCCAUUGUUUGCAAGGGCAGAAUCGAGGUCCCUACAGGUGACGUGUAGGCAUAGAUAUUGACUGUGGAAGAUGGCCAUGUCCCUCAUACAACUACAGUGAAGAAAUGUCAGUGUCUCUUGCAAUGUGUGGUUAUGUCAAACGUCACAAGGGUGUCCUUAAAGCGGCACUUUCAUCCCCACCUUCAAAAUGAAUAUUUCACAAAGAUAAACUCUUUAUGAAAUACUCACAUUGGCUGUGUUGGGAUUUCAAUGAAAUACAUUUGGGAUUUCAAUGAAAAAAUAUACUAAGACAAAGCAGGGACUACUUUUUCCAAGCUACCUUUUUCCAAUGCUUGACAAGCUUGAGAGCCAGGCCAAACUACCUUUAGUCAAGCCUUGUCAAGCCCUCAGACAUUAGUAUUGCUAGCUGAGAAGAAAAAGGCUCUGUCUAUAGAGGAUCCAGUGGUCUCGUGCAUGGGAGCACAAUGCUGAUGUUGGCACCAGGAGCCGAAGAGGACUGAAAGGAAGAACAUGGCGGUCACUGUAAACAACGUUUUCAGGAAAGUAUAAUUUACUGUACCCAUCAGCCACCACACUGCCGGUGGAGCCAUUACCAAAUUAUUCAAAGACCCUAGAGCCGCUUUAUUUAGUAUAAUUAAAGUAUAAUUGUAUAAUGAAACAGGAAUAUCUGAUCUGUCCUCCCUAUGGUCUAAGAUGGAGGAUAUGCAUCGGAUGAUGCUGAAGUUGCCCUUCAUAUUUCAGAAGCACACCACAUGAAGGGUUAAUAACAUAAGAUUAAUAGUAUAUAGGCAUCACAAAAGAGAUUGUGUUGAAAUGUAGCAUUGUACUAAAUCCCCUAAUGAAACCUAACCUAAUGCAGAAUGUCUACAAAAUUACCCGCCCAAUGGGCAAUUUUGUUUUUGACAUUGUAGAACCCUGUGUAACAUAUUACAAAUAUUCCUUUCUGUACUGUUAACAUUGAAAUUAACAUUUGACUCUCUCAAAGAAAACACAACCAGAAACCAAUAAUGAAGGCCAUUAUAUGUAUGCUAUGUUUUUUUACCAGAACAUGAAAUGUGGAAAAUAAACAGGGUAAUUAAGUAAGCUGUAUGUAAUUAUGUAAUUAUUUUAACUAUCUUAAAAUUUGCAAUUAAUUUAACUAUUUUUCACAGUUUUUUUGUGUGUUUUCUUUUUUAUUUAUGGGCAGAUAGAAAAACCAUAGACAAAACACAAAAUCUCAAUUUAAGUAUAAUGUAUACAUAAUGUAUUUAAUCCUUCUUUAACUUUAUUUUAAUUGUAUUAGUUCUUGGAGGCUUGAAACCAACUCCUUGUGUGAUACACUUUGAAACUAUUUGGCUCAAAAUAAGUUUUCUGACAUAAUACACCUGGGUCUGGGUAUUACACAGCUGAGAUGAGGCUUCUGUGUAUGUGCGUUAUAAACAUGUGCACAUCAAGCCAUGAUCCAAACUAAAUAAUUCAAGUUUGAGUGGGUCAGGAGAAGGGAAAGCUGUUUGGAAACUCAGAAAAAAAAGAGGUAAAAGAUGUAAACGAAAGUAUUAACUACUUCAAUGCUAAACACGCAUUGUUUAACAAAAUGUUAGUAAAGUAUGUAUUUGAAAGAUCGAAUUCAAACCAAGGAUAAGUAGGUAAUUGGGCUAAAAGCUACUAAAUGUCACUUGAAAUUGCUGUUCAGAGAUACAUAAAAAUGUAAUUAUAUACAUUUAUAUAAUUUUCAUUUUCUGUAGUUGUUCUUUGUUUACAGAAAUAAUGGGGAAUAUUAUAUUAUAUUAUUCUUAGUAAUCACAUGGAAUUAAUUUUCUUCCAACAUUUCAUCUAAAUGCCUUGAUUUACUUCACUUGGAUCCAGUGGAGGUUGGUGGAAUUUAAAAGUGGUAGGGUUUCAGACUCCUCCACCAGAAUUUGACUCCACUCUUUAACUCUGUAGCCAACAUCUUCUGACUUGUGGCAUCUGUUCACUUAACCUGAUGAACCUGACACCAAAUGGCAGUCCCUUUUCAAUACAGAGUUAGUAUACGCCCCAACAAUCAGGAGUGGAGAAUCAGAAUGGGGUGGUCAUUGCCUGAAGGCAGCACAGCACAUGCACAUUAUUAGAUGAGCUCUGGCUAUGAAUGGGCACUUUUAAUGGGCAGGCCUGCCAAUUAUGGGCUUUACCAGUGAUGCCCCACCACAAGGCAGGCACACUCAACCCAAACUCAUAACUCCCAAUGCUGAGAGGUGUGUCUCGGAGGAGGGAAGAAGGGCUCAUAAUUUCUAUUUUCCUUGCAAAUAAGUCUUAAGACAGAAGCUUUGCUAGAGAAAAAAAAAAUAUUCUGCUGUUAGAAUUUCAAGUCUUCCAAAAUUAUGCUUUAUAUGUAAAAAAAUGUUUUGCAUUGGAAAGUAAAAAUGUGUAUAUAUGGAUUUGGUAGUGCAGGGGUUAAAUGAGCUCUUCAAAAUUAAUAUUGAUUAAUUUCCAGAGUUGAUGUGUUUAAAUUUACACAGUUUUGAUUUUUCACUUAUUCGUUCAGUCUUUAUUAAAAUAUUUUUUUUAAAAGAAUACAAACCCUACCCCUAACCAUACCCCUAACCUAAUACCUAACCACAACCCUAAACCCAACCCCUAACCCUACCCCUAACCUAAUCCCUAACCACAACCCUACCCCUAGCCCAGCCGCGAAGUGCUUCGGAUUUCUGAAAAGUGGCAAAACAGGAGAGGGAGGGAAAAUUAAGGCAAUUAUAACAGGAAUCUAACCCCUAACCCAACCCUUAACCCUAGUAGGGGUAGGGGUAGGGUUAGGAUUAGGGUUAGAUUCCUGUUAUAAUUUCCUUAAUUUUCCCUCCCUCUCCUGUUUUGCCACUUUUCAGAAAUCCGAAGCACUUCGGCAAUUCGGCACUUCCGAAAUUUGUCAAUUCGGACAUUCGGAAGCAUCGAAUUGCACAUGUCUACUGAUAGCAUUAGUAACAGUAUAGCUUACUAAAACUGGCAGCAGAAUGUAAAAAGAAUAUCUGCAUUUGAGCAUAGCGCUCACAUACAGUAAACACAGUUAAAUUGUAUUUUUCUAAAAUAAAGGUAUUUAAAACUGAUAUAACUUAUAGUCCCUUUACUCCUCCCCCCUCCCUGACUGUAGUAAUAUAACUUCUUAAAAUUUCCUUUACUGUUUGGAAGCAGGGGUGAGCUGACAUUUUCAGCACACUUGCAGCCAUUAAAUUGUAAAUAGUAACCAGUGUCUUGUUGCAGAGAAAUGUGUUCUUCUACAGCAGACACAACUGGGUAAUCCCUAAAUCCUGGACUGUUAGGGGGUACUUGAAGACUGGGUUGGGAACCACUGUCCAACAGCAUAAAUGAGGCCGAGUCAGGCUUUAUUGACUAAAUUUCAUUCUGCGAAGUACAUGAAAGCAAAAAUGUCUAUACUCGAUUCUGCAUGUGAAAUGGUUAAACAAACAUUUUAAAAAUGCAUUUAAACUUCUCCUGAACGUCUUCUCUAUGAAUCUGUUAUGUAUGUAACAGUACGUAUUGUUACAUGCAAUAAGCAUGUAGUGAUGGGCUUAGAGCAUCAGGUGAAACUCUCAGUCAUUCACUGGAUGUCAAGCUAAUGCUUCCCUUUAAAUCAGCAGCUGAGAGGAAGACAGGGCAGGUGGUAUGUUGGGCACAUAUGGACACAACUUCACUGUUACACUGUUCAAAAAUGGUUUAAAACUGUGAGAUAACUGGAGUUUCCAGCAUUGAGAUGAGGUUGUUUUGGAGGUGGCAUGGCCCUUUAAGAUGAAUUAUUAAUUAUACAAUGUAUUUAUUCGUUAUACAAUGUUCUUUAUACCUUUUUUCAGAUCAUAUAAUUAAUUCUUUGUAUACUUUAUUUACAGAGUAAAACUGAUACAUUGUAACUCCAUCUGUAAUUACAAUGACUUAAUAUCCCUCUAUUUUCCAAUCUCUAAACAGGAUGGGGAAGUAAUUGGAAUAAAUACCCUUAAAGUUGCAGCUGGUAUUUCUUUUGCAAUUCCCUCUGAUCGUAUCACACAAUUCAUGACAGACUCACAUGACAAGAAGAUUAAAGGUAAAGGUACAUCAAACAAGUCUUAUACACAACUAGUGAGGGUUGUAGUUUACUCUGUAUACCUCUGUAAGGCAGAUCCCCAGAUGUUUUAAAACUGUGGCUUCCAUGAUGUUUUAUCAUUUUAACCCCUUAAAGACACAUGACAUGUGUGACAUGUCAUGAUUCCCUUUUAUUCCAGAAGUUUAGUCCUUAAGGGGUUAAAGGCAUGCAAAGCAUUAUGGGAGUUGUAGUUCUAAACAUCUAGGGAUCUACAUUUUGGACACCCCUGCUCUAAGGACUUUCAAAUAUACAAAUCUUUUUUUUAAUCCAAUUCACCAUUCAGUGUUAAUUGAAGGCUAUUCCAACCUCUAAGUUAAAGGGACACUAUAGUCACCUGAACAAUUUUAGCUUAAUGAAGCAGUUUUGGUGUAUAGAACAUGCCCCUGCAGCCUCACUGCUCAAUCCUCUGACAUUUAGGAGUUAAAUCCCUUUGUUUAUGAACCCUAGUCACACCUCCCUGCAUGUGACUUGCACAGCCUUCCAUAAACACUUCCUGUAAAGAGAGCCCUAUUUAGGCUUUCUUUAUUGCAAGUUCUGUUUAAUUAAGAUUUUCUUAUCCCCUGCUAUGUUAAUAGCUUGCUAGACCCUGCAAGAGCCUGUAUGUGAUUAAAGUUCAAUUUGGGGUUGAGAUACAAUCAUUUAUGGUAAAUUACAUCUGUUUGAAAGUGAAACCAGUUUUUUUUUUCAUGCAGGCUCUGUCAAUCAUAGCCAGUGGAGGUGUGGCUAGGGCUGCAUAAACAGAAGCAAAGUGAUUUAAUUCCUAAAUGACAGUAAAUUGAGCAGUGAAAUUGCAGGGGAAUGAUCUAUACACUAAAACUGCUUUAUUUAGCUAAAGUAAUUUAGGUGACUAUAAGGACCAAACUUCUGGACCAAACUUCUGGAAUAAAGGGGAAUCAUGACAUGUCACACAUGUCAUGUGUCCUUAAGGGGUUAAGCUUAAAUAAUAAUAAUAAAAAAAAAAAUUAAAAAACCUCUGGAUCUUACUGCUAUCCAUGUGUUUAUUUCCUGCUCUCUUACCGGUCAGAUUUUUUUUUACUAUCAUGUACAGUCACUGCUUUAAAUAAGAGCCAAUAUUCUAGAUUUAAUUGUAAUACUUGUAAUGCCUGUUUAAAUUUUCCAACAGAGAGGAGGUUUAUGGCUAAGAAAGGGUAAGAUUUUGCAAACUGCUGCAAAUAGGGUGCUCCAAAAAUCAGCCGACAAGGGACAACCUCAAGUGUUUUACAUUAUGUUUAAACCAGUAAAUAACCAUGUACUAAUCAAGAAGUGAAAAUAAUUAAUGGUGAUGCAUGUCUCUUUGCAGAACUAUAGCAUUUUACCUUUGUAGUAUAGUGAAUAUUUCUCUUUGUAUUUACAUAGUAUGUAUGCCAAAAUAACCUGGCCUUGUUGAAAAGUUUUUUCAAAUAUAUUUUCAAAAACACUUCUUAUAACAUUAUUAAAAUUAAUGUAUUGCAGCAUAGAGCGCUAAUCAGCAUAUGUUUCUUUAAAUAUAAUUAGAGUGGAAAUAACUCGUUUGCUUAGGUUUCUCUUCAUACAUAUGAUAAAUCUUGGUUCUAAUUAUUUUAUUAACGUCCUGAUAGUAUUUAUUUCUGGUAAGUAUUAUAACAAGUAUAGCAGAUACAAUCCUGUGCACUUGCUAACUAGAUACUUAUUAUAUUAAAUACAUUUUAGUAGACAAUGCUAAAUAACUUUUUGGCAACAUCUGUUUUCACAGAUGGAAAGAAGCGUUUCCUUGGGCUAAAGAUGUUGACAAUUACUCCAACGUAAGUUUUAAAAUAGAUAUUGUAAAAAUCCCUUUCUGUGUUUCUUUGCAAACUGUUGGAGGGUUCAUGUUUCACUAUCUCGCAUGCUAGUAUUAAAUCUUUUUAACCCUUCGAGCGGGGGACAUUCUGAAUUUUAUAUGCGAAGUUACAUGUCCCUUAUGAUAAGAAUCCUGAUGUUUUUAGCUGUUGGCUGAUGGGUGUUAACAAAACUGACAUGAAACUUAAAAAUGCCCCAAUUUGUGAGAAUGUAUAUACUAAUCAGUUGGAGUAGGUGAAGUUAAUGUUAAUUUUAUCCACUAUGACUCAAAUUGCUACACUCCCAAACGGACCGGUUGGUUUUAAGAUGUGUUUAGAUUUUUUGGCUUAACAUUUUAUCUGUUUGAGAAUGGAUUCACAAAAAACAUGCCUUACAUGGGAAAGCAAAGUGUACGCUCAAGAUCUUAAGUUUGCGAGGGACUAAAAGAGGGGCAACUGGUUGCCCCUCCACCUGUCAGUCAAAGUGUUAAAAUAGUUAGUUGAUAUGUUGUUUUAUGAAAGAACAGGAUGAUAUAUGAUAACAUUGGUAUGUAAACUUAGUUAUAGUAUUAAAAAAAAUACUAAUUUCUUAUCUGACCUGUUCAGAUAUUUGGAAUUAAUUCCUGAUAAUAUCAUGAUUUGUCAUUUUAGACUUGUUGAAGAGCUCAAGUUAAACAAUCCUGAUUUUCCAGAUGUUAACAGUGGAAUAUAUGUACAUGAAGUACUGCCCAACUCACCAUCCCUAAGGUAGGUUUGAUCCAGCAAUGAAAAUGUUCUUAAAUCAAAUAUACUAAAUUAUAUUGUGUUAGCUACUUGCAGAACUGGCUUAUAAGUCAGGUUGAGUCCAAGAAACCAGGUGGCCUUUUAGGGGUCAUCACUUCAGGAACUAAGGGAGCAGCAGAUUCAGCUGAAAACACCCCCAAAAUUAGAAGGGAGUUGGGGGAUGGGGAGAAGUUGUGAAUAUGUGCAUGCCUGUAUAAUUGAGUGAAUGUCUGUUUGUCAGAAGAGCUGGCUACAUUUGGCUCGGGGGACAUUUGCAAACAAAUAAUCCAAUUUGAGACCAAAUGAUUAAAUUCCACUCCCUGUGUUAAUUUUAUUGUAAAUGGUUUACACUAAUACUGCAAGAGCUAGAAUAGAAAUAUCUUAAAAUAAUGUAGAUCGCAGAUCGCCACUUUCUGACAUUUGGCUGACACCGAAUGCAUUCAUGGAAUGCUUGAUCAUGCAUUCAUAAAGUUGGACAUAACGGAUGACAUGGAAUGCUUUGGUUAAUCCUUUUUUAAAGCCACAGUGUAGACUAAACAUAUGUGGACCAACAACCUUUGUGAUUACAUAAGUUAAAAAUCUUCAUAUCAAACACUAAAUUUGUAGUUGGUAAGUAUAAUUUUAGUGUCAUGUACAUAUUUAAUAUAAGUAUUGUUUAGCUUUUAAAGCACUCAGUAUCAAACCUGAGUGCUUUGAAGAAGACGAUCAUGCAGUAGAAGUAGUAUAGAAUAGUAUGUGGAUAACUAGCAGAUAUCUUGUAUCAUACAUGGAUCUUAGAUUCCGGUUAUUCUCUCACCUGUGCCCCCUUCCUCAACUCCUUCCACCCCUUGUAUAUAAGUCAGCCAAGUAUGCCAUAUCUUCCUAUAUUUAUAAAACAUUUAUAACUAUGCCCAUCUCAAAUCUUAGGAGAGAUAAUAGUCUAUUUUAAGGAACCAAUUCCUUUUGUAAGGUGACUUUGUGGUCCUUAGGAAAUAUAGUAGGGAACGUUUGUAUUUAGCAGGUGAGAUUAGGUAUGUAUGUAAGAGAAGUAUGCCUAAAUUGUGAGGUAUGUUGUCCCCUAGUUCCCAUUUCUCCCACCUCCCUUCAGCUUUUGCUCAAUUCCCCACAUGUCCACCUCCACCAAAUGUGCUGUAGUGUACCUGUGUCUUUCCCGAAUCUCCAACACAUUUGUAAUUGUGCUGGACAGGACCAGUGGAUGUCAUCAGGUGUAAUAUACCUAGAGAGUAACUUCUAGUAAGUUUCCUGAAGAGGAAAACCAGGGUGGGAGUGAAAGAUAACCGAAAAGAUUUUCAUCCUGUCUUCCUCCAUAAAGGAAGUGGGUAAUAGUUCCAGAUCUGGGCAAAAGAGGGUAAUCACAAGUGAAUCAGUGAAUCAUUGGUUGGAGGAGUUUAUAACACUGAGAAGUAACCUGUAGAAUUGCUUGAUCAUGACGACAUAGCUGUUCAAAUUUAGUUUCACUCUUUAGGCCAGAAUCCGGUACAUUUAGAGUCUUUAAUGUUUUGCCGUAUAGGCCUUUGCCAUUUAGCUAAUUCCAAGAUAGUCUCCAGUUUGCCAUCCUAGAAAACACUAGCAAGGUUUUAUUAUUUUAAGGGUAUUAUUAACAUUCACAUUGAUAAUACUGGAAUUGGCUGCAAAGUAGACUUGAAAUGCAAUGAAUGUCAGCACACAAAGCUGUUAUUAGAGGGGUAUUCAUUAGGAGAGCUUCCUACCUUAAGAAGCAAUCACAAACCAAAAUACUCACCCUCCUCAGGGCCUUGAGAGACAUCACGGCAUCUCACUACUUAGUUCCAACCCCAACCAAAGCAGCACAAAUAGCCCAAACCCAAAAAGAAAUGAAUGAUUUUAACAUAUCCCGCACAACGCAUUACCUGCACAAAAUCUCACAAUACUUAAUGAAAGUGGUACUUCCGCACAAGACCAAAAUUGCCAAUUGAAGGACCCUAUUUCCCUACCAGAAAUAGAGCAAGUAAUCAGGGACUUACCUUCACUCAAAUCACUGGGCCCGGAUGGGUUCCUGGAUGUUUAUUUACCAGAGAUUCUCCUCUAUUCUUUUCCCUCUUUUCAAUACAGCCACAGAAAACAAUCACUCCUGAAAGAAAUGCUUGAGGCAAAUGUAGCCACCUUACCCAAACCAGGCAAACCCCUGACUAAAUGCACUAAAAUUUAGGCCCAUUUCCCUAUUAAAUUCCAAUCUGAAGAUCAUGGCUAAAAUAUAUGGGAACAGGCUAAGUUCUAUUCUCCCUACCAUCAUACAUUCAGACCAGGUCGGGUUUAUUAGCGGUAGGUAAGGGGCAGAUGGAACAUGCAAAGCACUCACACUUUUACACAGCAUGCACAAACUAUCCAAUAACAAUAUAUUAUUGUCCCUAGAUGACGAAAAGGCUUUCGACCGCCUGCAUUGGUCUUUCCUGCAGACGGUCCUGGAAAAAUGUAAUUUCCAAUCCCAUUUCUCAGCAGUAGUCAAGGCAUAGCAAUCCCACAGUCAGGGUCUUCAAUACAGUCUUUAGAUCUGACCCCUUUCACAUUACAAAUGGGACUAGGCAGGGUUGCCCCCGUCACCCCUACUGUACAUAAUCGCGCUGGAACCAUUAGCGGCCAUGAUACGAUCUGACAAGAACAUACAAGGGGUACAUAUUGCAGACAAAGAAAUGAAACUGAACCUUUUUGCAGAUCAUAUACUCUUAACCCUCACUAACCCCUCAACAUCGCUGCUGGCAUUCCAUGACAUGAAAACACAGGCCAUGGGGGUGGGGAUGGACGAUACCUACUUAUAUGACUGGUGAACCGACUAUGUGACAUUCCUUGGGAUUAAGCUCCCUUUUCAAUUAUCCCAACUUUACCACCUAAACUAUGUUUAAUUAAGUAAAGAUGUUUCUGCAAUUCUACAUAAUUGUAAACCUAAAUUCAUCUCCUGGUACGGACGAAUAGCAGCAGUUAAAAUGGUCAUUUUACCAAAACUGCAAUACCUGUUCAGAACAGUCCCAUUAAUAGCCCCGUCUGCAUAUUUCAAGGCUUUACAAAAGCAGAUAAACAUGUUUGUCUGAAAUGGAAAAAGGCAUAGGAUAGCAGUGUCCACGUUCUAUAGGGCUACAUGCAAUGGAGGCAUGGGCCUACCCAACCUGCAACUUUAUUACAAAACAGCAAUUUUAAACAGUCUAGUGUCAGCUCAACAAUACCCCAACAUACCGUAGUGGGUUCAAAUUGAGCAAUACUGGACAAUGCGGCAUAUCCACUCUAAUUUGGCCACCCCUGUCCCAAAGGCCAGACCUGACACAAGCACUUCCCACCACAAACACAACCCUAACUAUUUGGGACACCUCACGGAAACUCCUGUGCAGCUGCCACCCUACCUCAAUGGCUACGCCUAUCAAGACCUUAUGCUUACUAAUCCCUGAGUUUAAUUUUAAAACAUGGAACAGUUGUAACCUUACAUAUCUUUUCAAUCUACAAACUCAAGGGAAACUGCUGCAGAUGGUGUUUUUAACACUAUAGGGUCAAGACUAUGUGUUUUAAGGAUUAAGCUGGUUUUGUCUUUUUGUCAAAAAGAAAAUAUUACAUCACCUAUAGAAUUAGAGACAAAUGUUGACAUGUCUUGUUCUGGGUGUUUGAAGAUAAAGUAUAUAGUUUACUUAUAUAUUAUACAGAGUAUACUAAUAUAUUAAAGGGAACCAAUAGUCACCUGAACAACUACAGCUUAUUGCAUUUGUUCUGGUGAGUAGAAUCAUUACCUUCAGAGAAAAUUUAGUGUUUACAUUACAGCCUAGUGAUAACUUCACUGGCCACUCCUCAGAUGGCUGUUAGAUGUGCUUCCUAUCUCAAUCUUGCCUAGUGUGCAUCACAACAUUCAGUAUCUCGACCCUCUGAACUUUCCUCAUAGAGAUUCAUUGAUUCAGUUCAUCUCUAUGAGGAUAUGCUGAUUGGCCAGGGCUGUGUUUGACUUGUGCUGGCUCUGCCCCUGAUCUGCCUCCUUCACAGUCUCAGCCAAUCAUAUGGGGAAGCAUUGUAAUUGGCACAGAACAACACUUCUGAUGAUGUCAGCAGGCAGCUUGCUAUUCUGAGGCAGACAGGGUCAGAGCCAGCAGCUUCGGGCUUGAAUACAAGUAAGAUUUUACUAUAUUUAGAGAGGCAAGAGAGGGCCAGCGGAGCUAGAUGGUGGUUUUAACACUAUAGGGUCAGAAAUAUAUGUUUCUGUUCCUGACCCUAUAGUGCUCCUUUACUUACUGGCUCAUGAAAUGUGGUAAUUGUUGCAUUUUACAAAAAUAUUUUCUCUUGCUACUGAAUGUCACAAGUAAGUGCUAAUAAUGGGAACUGACACUUUUACACCGUUCUCUCCUUCCUGCAGAGGUGGACUUAAACACGGGGAUAUCAUUGUCAAAGUGAAUGGACGCCCGCUGCUGACUUCAAAUGAUUUGCAUGAGGCUGUUCUCAAUGAAUCUCCUUUAUUACUUGAAGUGCGACGAGGGAAUGAUGAUAUGCUUUUUAAUAUAGAACCUGACGUUUCAAUGUAGUUUGAGAAAUCUACAUUCCCAAGUUGGAUAAAUUGUCCUAAACUACAAAAAUCUGAUUGAUGGAAUUAAAAUUUACAAAACUGGUGGACUUCGCAAACUCAGAACAAUGCAGGAAACUAGAAUGUGUUAUCUUUCUAAUUCACACUUCCUUUCUUUAGGGUUUGUUUCUUGCAUUAUAUGUAUAUUUUAAACAAUUGGAACUAACUAAAUUUAACUUAGACAUGGAUACAUUGUAUUCAUCAGUAUGAAAUAAUUUUCAAAAGAUUUUUUGUUGUGUUUUUCUGUAUAUUUUUUUUUUAUUCUCUGGGCUGAAUUAAGCCAUCAAGACUGUUUAUGGCCCCAAUUCUUGAUUAAAAUGUGAUUUAAAAAAACCAAAAAAAACAUUUUAUUACAUCAUUCAUUAAUAGGAUCUAUAAUUCAACCAAGAUCCCGGAAGAUACGUCUCUAUGAAUUACUCUGUUCUAGGGGAUUACAUUGAUUGCUUGAAUCAUGUCAGCAUUUUAUCUUAUAUGAAGAACUUAGAGGCCAGUCUAAAUGCUGAGAAUUUUUUUACAUCAUAAAUGUAAAUGACAACUAAGGAACACUGUUAUGAAACCUGCUGCAAAUGUGUUUUCUUAGGCCAGUAGAAUAUGUAUAUAAAUGUUUUAACGUGUAUGUGAAAUAAAAUAUAAGCACUUAUACAAAAAUA